CUUAUAUCCAAACAGAUCUUUAAUUCUGUUUCUUCUUCUUCAUCGCUGAUUUUCAAUCAAAGCCGUCUCUUGUCAGCAAAUAACUCGACAAUGGAUUACGACUACAGGAAUAAGUCUGGGCCCUCCUACGCUCGGCCUAUGUACGGAUACCCCAAUAUCGGCCAACAAAGCGGUCACGGCCACCAAUUUUUCCCUCCGCCGGAGAGAAAUCAAUCGUUUCAACAACACAACUCUUCUCCGUUCCCUUUUUCUUCUUCUUCUUCUUCUUCAUCUGGAUUAGGGAUCAAAGUGACUCUGAAGCCUGAGUUUCGUAUUACUCCUCCGCCUCAGUUGUUGCCUCGAGCUGGAGAUAUUCCUCGUAGCGGUUUUCAGUUCGAUUUCGGUCUGGAGAGGGCAGUCCUUACCGAGGCUGAGAAAGACAACCCUGACUGGAGCAAGUUUGGCUCCGACAUUCCUCCACCGUCUAACUUUCCACAACCACCUUCAAUGGGUGUGGAUCCUCUAGUGAUGAAGUAUACUGCGUCUGGGCUUAACCGAGAAGCUGUCAACAUUGCGGUUGCAAACUAUGGUGAUAAUCCCACAAAGGUUCAGGAAUUUGCAAAUGGGUUCGCAGCGAUGCGGGAGAUGGGGUUUCCAACAAACGCUGUUGCAGAAGCUCUCUUCAUGUUUGACAACGACACUGACAAAGCUUUGUCACAUUUGCUCCAUGGUUCUUCUUGAACUUGCUUUCCAGUAUUUUCUUCUAUUUUUUACAUAAAAGUAAUCAUCAGGAUUUUACUAACAUAAAGAUUGAAAAAGUACACUUUUUUUUUUACUGUGUAAAUGGAUGAUUUGUUUUGGGCAAGUGAUGAUUAGAUAUGUGUUUUGAUA